AUGACGGCCGCGAGGGUGAACGAGACGGUCACCCUGCGCGGGCGCGUGCACAACGUCCGAGGCAAGGGCAAGUCCGCGUUUCUCAUCCUGCGGCAGCAGACGGCCACGUGCGUCUUUUUUGUGGACGACGUCGACGUCAGCAAGGGCAUGGUGAAGUGGGUCUCGAAGCUCGAGGCGGAGUCCGUGAUCGACAUCAGCGGCGUCGUCGCGGUCCCGAGCGAGGGUCCGGUGGUGUCGUGCACGCAGAAGGAGGUGGAGCUCGUCGUGCACUCGGUCUACUGCGUCUCGAGGUCGAUCGACGACGCGUCGCGCCCGGAGAGCGAUUUCGAUAAGGAAGACGGCGCGCAGUACGUCCGCGUGCUUCAGGACACGCGGUUGAACUACCGCGUCAUCGAUCUGAGGACGCCGGCGAACCAGGCCAUCUUUCGCGUGCAGAGCGCGGUGUGCGAGCUGUUCAGGGAGGCGCUUAGGAGGAAGGACUUCGUGGAGAUUCACACGCCGAAGCUCAUCGGCGGCGCGUCCGAGGGCGGCGCGUCCGUGUUCAAGCUGGAUUACAUGGGCCAGCCCGCGUGCUUGGCGCAGUCGCCGCAGCUGUAUAAGCAGAUGGCGAUCGAGGCGGACAUGGACAGAGUUUUCGAGAUUGGGCCGGUGUUUCGAGCGGAGAAUUCGAACACGCAUCGACACCUGUGCGAGUUCACCGGGCUCGACAUGGAGAUGACGAUCAAAGAGCACUACUCCGAGGUGUUGGACGUCCUGAACGACUUGUUCCUUCACAUGUUCGAUGGGUUAAACGAGCGGUUCAAGCACGAGCUCGAGGUUGUCAACGCGCAGCACCCGUUCGAGCCGCUCAAGUACCUGAACCCGACGCUGCGUCUGACGUUUCCGGAAGGGAUCAAGAUGCUCCAAGACCACGGCGUCGAGGGCGUGGACCCGCUCGGGGAUCUGAGCACGGAGCAGGAGCGCGUCCUCGGCCAGCUCGUGAAGGAAAAGUACGACACGGACUUUUACAUCCUCCACAAGUACCCGCUGAACGCGCGGCCGUUCUACACGAUGCCGUGCCCGCACGACGGCGACUACACCAACUCGUUCGACAUCUUCAUUCGAGGCGAGGAGAUCAUCUCCGGCGCGCAACGCAUCCACGACGUCGAGCUCCUGAGCAAGCGCGCGGUGGAGUGCGGGAUCGAGAUUGAGACGAUCCAGGCGUACAUCGACGCGUUCAAGUACGGCGCGCUGCCGCACGGCGGCUGCGGCGUCGGGUUGGAACGCGUCGUGAUGUUGUUCUUAAACCUGGGUAACAUUCGCAAGACGUCGAUGUUCCCGCGCGAUCCCCGGCGGUUGGCGCCGUGA